GAUAUUAGUGGCAAUUAUAAUACAAGACUACUGGUCUCGAUGGCACCGGUGGGCAGAUCUGCUGAAUCCGUACAGCAUUGCGAAGACAACGCCGAAGUGGUCAUCAAAAGUGAUAACAACGAUAAUAACGUGAAAACAAAUGCCAACAAUGAAUACAAGACACAAAUUGUGUGGAAAAAUGUACUCCUCAUGGGUUCGCUACAUAUCGGCGCUCUCUAUGGCGGCUAUAUUAUGCUAACGGCCGCUAAAUAUCAAACAGUGUUCGCCUGGUUUCUCAUGUAUAUGUGCUCAGGACUGGGCAUAACGGCGGGCGCCCACCGAUUGUGGUCUCACCGGUCAUACAGAGCCAACUUCGCGCUGCGGACGCUGUUGUGUAUAUUCAACACAAUGGCCGUACAGAACAGUAUCUACGAGUGGUGUCGCGACCAUAGGGUUCAUCACAAGUACUCGGAGACCGACGCCGACCCCCACAACGCCAACCGGGGCUUCUUCUUCGCACACGUGGGUUGGCUGCUGUGUCGCAAACAUCCGGACGUCUCGUCCAAAGGCCGUAACGUCGACUUAACCGACUUAAUGCACGACCCGUUGGUUCGCUUCCAACACCAACACUACCGGCUCUUGAUAUUGAUUUUCUCUGUCGUUGUGCCCACACUUAUACCGUACCUCUUCUGGGGAGAGUCUACCUGGCUAAUAAACUCGGCAGCUCACAUAUGGGGUAACAGGCCGUACGAUACAACUAUAAACCCCAGGGAGUCUAGUUUUGCCAAUUACCAGACAUUUGGUGAGGGAUAUCAUAACUAUCACCACACCUUUCCCUGGGAUUACUCGGCGUCUGAGUUGGACUGGAAAUACAACUGGAAUUUCACGACACUAUUCAUCGACUUUUUC